AUGGCACGUUCUAACGCUAGGCUGAUAAGAUUUGGGUUCUUGGCAGCUCUAGUGAUAUUAUGUGUUUUUAUCAUUUCUAAAGGUACAUCCACUUCAUAUGUGGUCACGCAGUCAUCUUCCUCGAUAGUGGACUCAUCGUCUUCAAAUGUGGAAGAACCUGUCUCUAGUGAACAGGAGAAGACCGAAGAUAAACCAGCAAGUCCUAAACUUGCAAAAGUUAGCGGAAAUUAUGGUGGUAAUGGAGGCUUGGGAGAUGGUAAAGCAGAAGUGCCUAAGGUGUAUGUGGAAGAGAGUGAUCCUAGCAACGAAAAGGACAAGGUCAACGCCGCAUUUGUUACCUUGGCCAGAAAUGGUGAUUUGUAUGAGUUGGUCGAAUCCAUAAGGGAGAUAGAAGAUCGUUUCAACCGGAAGUUCCAUUACGAUUGGGUUUUCUUGAAUGAUGACGUGUUUGAUGAUAAUUUCAAGAAGGUCACUAGUGCUCUUGUCUCUGGUAAGACACACUACGGAAAGAUCAAUAAGGACCAAUGGGGAUUCCCAGAAUGGAUUGACACCGAUAAGGCUGCUAAGGUGCGUAAGGAAAUGCACGACAAGAAGAUUAUCUACGGUGAUUCCAUCUCAUAUAGGCAUAUGUGCAGGUAUGAGUCUGGAUUCUUCUUCAGACACCCACUGAUGAUGAAGUAUGACUACUACUGGAGAGUCGAGCCUGGCAUCAAGAUUUUCUGUGAUAUCAACUACGAUAUCUUCCGUUACUUCCACGAUAACAGUUUGGUGUACGGUUUCACUAUCUCCUUGCCGGAGUACAAAGAAACCAUUCCAACUCUUUGGGACACCACCAAGAACUUCAUGAAGGAGAAUCCUCAAUACGUUGCUGAAAACAACCUCAUGGAUUUAAUUUCCGAGGAUUCUGGUGCUACGUACAACGGAUGCCACUUCUGGUCCAACUUCGAAGUUGGUGACUUGAGAUUCUGGAGAUCUGAGGCUUACAUGAAGUAUUUCGAGUAUCUCGAUCAUGCUGGUGGAUUCUUUUAUGAAAGAUGGGGUGAUGCUCCUGUCCAUUCUAUUGCUGCUUCUCUUUUCCUUCCAAGAGAGAAGGUUCACUUUUUCAAUGAUGUUGGAUACUACCAUGUUCCUUUCUUCAACUGUCCAAUUGACGAGAAUCUACGUUUGACACAUCACUGUUCCUGUAAUCCUGAUAAGGACUUCACCUUCAGAGGAUACUCCUGUGUUAACAGGUAUUUCAGUGUUAAAGGAUUAGAGAAGCCAAAGGGUUGGGAGAACUACUCUUGA